CGAUUAAAAAUGGUUAGCGGAUAAAAUUUCUAAAAAUGAAGUUUUCUUGGUUUCUUGUGAUAUUCCGAAUCCCUACUUUUAAAAGAAGUUUAAUGGACGAUAACAGCGAACAUUCGCUGUCAGGGUUUUUUUCAAGUCGAGAACCUCUUAUAAAUAAUGUGUGCUGGAAAACGUACAUUCUUGUUUGUUUAUUUGGUAUUGGAUCAUGGGUAGCAAUAAAUGGAAUUUGGGUAGAGCUUCCGAACUUAAUUAAUGAUACUCCAGAAGGUUGGAAGUUGGCAUCUUAUUUAACUGUCAUAUGUCAAUUAGCUAAUAUUGGUCCUAUCUGUUAUAUUUUUUUACGUAGGCGUUUUCGUGGAGAACGUUUUGAGCGAAAUACCAUAUAUACUUUACUCGUAACAGGUAUUUUAUCAUGCACACUUUUGUUUAAAAUGUGGAAGAAGACAACAGUAGUAUUUGGCAGCAAUCGCAGUACUGCACUUUUAACGCUUACAUUUUUUCUUGCGUUAGUUGAUUGUACAUCAUCAGUCACAUUUUUGCCUUACAUGGCAACUUUACCAAGUCAAUACAUGAGUUCUCUUUAUAUUGGAGAAACAUUAAGUGGUUUCAUACCUGGUAUAGUUGCUCUUAUGCAAGGUGUAAAUUUAUACGAGUCAAACUCAACUUCAGUUUAUUAUAAAAACGUAAGUGAAAACACUUUUCAAAACAGUCAAAAUUUGGUUAAAGCGGCAAGAUUUUCACAGGAUAUAUUUUUUUUAAUUCUUGCAAUGAUGCUAUUUGCGUGCUUAGCUUCCUUUUUUUCUUUGAACAAACUUUCUAUUGUUUUAAAUCAAAAGCGAUUGGCUCUUCUUGAAAAUAAAAUGGAUUGUUUAAAACCAGGUAGAAUUUCAACAUUUAUGUUGCUAGCCAUUCUUACGUGGUUAAAUAUACUGCAAAACGGUGUAAUUUCAAGCAUUUCGAGCUACGCCCUUCAGCCAUAUGGGUCUAUGACAUAUCAUUUAGCUGUCACACUUGGCUCAUUUUCAUCAAGUUUUUCUUGUUUAUUGUUUCAUUGGGUAACAUUAAAAACAAGCAAAGUGGUUGUUAUUGGGACAAUAACUUACUCUCUCCUUUGUCUUUAUACUGUUGUGAUAGCACUUGAAAGUCCGAACCCGUGGCAAAAAGAUAAAGUAUCAGGAAAAUCUCUGAUGAUUUGCGUCUUCGUACUUGGUUCAUCAGUGGUAUCUUAUAGCAAAUUAUCAAUUGCUGCAAAUAUGAGAAAAUACGGUUCUAAAUUUUUGCUUUAUGCUGGAUUGUCCAACCAAGUUGGUUCUUUUAUUGGUGCUAUUGUAAUGUUUUUCGUCAUUAAUUUUACUGCAACUUUUAAAUCCUAGUUUUUUUAAAACUAAAAUAUUUGGCUUUAUUUUUUAACUCAGAAUAAAAGUUGUUAAGAACAGUUUUUAUAAUAAAUUU